CUUCACUUCUAUCAAGCUUCCAAUCAUUGACUGAAUCCAUUCAUUCGAGAAGCAUUUUUUCUAUCCCGUGGCUAUUUGACAUUCCCUCCACCAAAGUGUUACAGUCACUACCAUCCUCGCAAAAAUGUACGACGCUAAGAGUAUUUCAGCCUUCCUGGUCCUGCUACUGGCUGCCGGACCUGCCUCAGUUGUUUCCGUGCCUGUUGCUGCGGACCAAAACAUUGUCGCGAGACAGGUCAACAGCGAGGCUGAGGCAGGAUCUAACUGGGAUAUCUCCAUCCCCGACGGACCCUCAUACAAGAGCGGCUCUCACGCAUUUUCCGACUACCAUGAAGGUCCUGGCAAAAACGGCGGCUCUAGCUCCUCAUCCGAAGCUGGUGCCAGCGAUAAUACGGUAGUUUCUAUUCCAGAUGGCCCCAGCGUUAACUUGGGAAGCUGGGCGCACUCUAGCUAUGAGCAGGCUGAGACUGAGCCUGAGCCCGAGCCUGAGCCUACCCCUACUCCUACUCCUACCCCUACUCCACAAGAGCCCCAGCCUUCCCCUCCACCUUCUUCAGUCCCAGUCCAGCCCAUUCUGCCUCCAUCACCAACUCCCUUUGUCCCCACCCCUCCACUGACCACCGCGCCUGCCCCUGAACCCCCUGCUCCAUCACCCCCCGCUCCUGCUCCUGCUCCUCCUGCUCCUGCUCCUCCUGCUCCUGCUCCUCCUGUCCCGGCUCCCCCGGCCCCUGUCGAGGAGCCUGAGCAGCCUGUUGAAGCGUGCCCAGCUCCCGAGCCUGAAACUCAGCCUGAGCCUCAACCUGAACCUCAGCCAGUGGUAGUGCCGGAGCCCGCCUACACAUGCAAAUGCGCAGCAUAAGGUCUUCCAGCUACGCCAGUCUCUUACUAUCUAAAAGACCAUACUGUCUAGAAGUACCUUACCCUUCUUUUUGUGAAAAUUGACCUGUCAAUUGCCUCUAGCCUCUUACGCUCCGACGAGUCUGUGGGGAGGAUGUAGUUGAUCCUAUAUAUUUAUUUUUCAUUUUCC